GGCCGUCCCCACUGCUGUAAAGAGAGAGGACAUAUAAACUUCUUGUGAGAACUCGCAGCCACCGAUCUGUGCAGAUGGUGGUGACUGGUCCCAGUAUAGCCGCUUCCAGUACAGAGCUCCGCUGACAGUAUUGUAGGCAACAUGGUGGAUCAACUUGCACACACAGAGAUCAACAGCCAAAGGAUAUCGGCGGUGGAAACAUGUUUUGGUGCUGCAGGUCAGCCUCUCACUCUUUCCGGAAGAGUCCUUGUAGGGGAAGGGAUUUUGACCAAAGAAUGUCGGAAGAAACCUAAGCAAAGGGUCUUCUUUCUCUUCAGCGAUAUCCUCGUCUAUGGAACCAUCCUCAUAAAUAAAGUUAAAUACAGUUGCCAGCACAUCAUCCCCUUGGAAGAUGUGUCCACCGAGAAACUUCCCGACAGUGGAGACAUGAAGAAUCGGUGGAUGCUGAAGACCUCCAAGAAAUCUUUUGUGGUUUCUGCUGCCUCUUACACCGAACGGGAAGAAUGGAUCAGUCAUAUCAAGGAAUGUUCCAGUAGGCUCUUGGCAAAGACUGGAAGACGACCAUCCACUAAACACGCGGCACCUUGGAUACCGGACAAAGACACCGAAAUCUGCAUGAGGUGCACCAAAACAAAAUUCACGACUUUGACCCGUAGGCACCAUUGUCGUAACUGUGGAUUUGUCGUAUGUCAUGAUUGUUCUCAGGCCCGGUUCUUGAUCCCAUCUUUAUCUUCCAAGCCCUUAAGAGUCUGUACCCUGUGUCAUCGAAAGCUGAUGGCUGACAAAAAAGCUGAGGAGGAUAAAAAGAGGCGAUAUGACGAGAUCCUAAGGAGGAUGCCACAAUAUGAACCUUCCAGUGAUGAAGACAGUGAUGAAGACAGGAACAAUGACUUCUACUCUUCUUCAUGGUCAGCGUUCCAUGCCUGAUUUUAUUUUAUUUUUUCAUAUUUUUAUAAAAAGUUUUUAAUGGUGUACAAGACAGGAUUAAGAGACAUGCAUGUGUGACUUCGCAGGGAUGGCUUCCCAGAAUGAGUUGUGUUGGUGGACACCUUGGAGACGCUUUGAAGUUUCAGGCCUUCAAAGACAUUGAAGAUUUUCACAAACUUUCCUCCUUGAUCAUGGUGUCAGUUCCACCAGUUUAUUGGAGAAACACUACCAAACAGGACAGAUCUCUGUGCACUGGUGUUUUAUGUCUGGUGGCCAAACUCAGGGAGGCUUGAGGAGAACUUGCAUCAAAAACUUGGCUAACCAUUGUGUUCCAAAAACUUACCUUUCUAAAAGAAAUGCUCCAAUAAAUGUUUCAUCGGGAUACAAUUGGGUCAAAAUAACCAAAAGUUCAAAGCUGUGGACCUGAGGUGUAUGGGGCUCAAAAAGCAAUGGGUGUAGUCAACCACUGUUUCUGCCCAAAGCAACAAAUUCUCUUUAGACAUUGCCAGUAGCCACUAUUAUGUUGGUUUGUAGACCCUAUAGUGGCAUAUACUGGCAGUCCAACCCGUCAACACUUGGAAAAUAUCCCAUAGACUUCGAUGACACUAAAAUAGCUUCUCUCUUAGGGUAUGUUCACACACAUGGAAUCUGAGGCUUACUCCAAGAGA